GUUCUCUGUAAAGAAUAGGAUUUUAAGACUUGUUUUGAACAUGUGUUUUAAACAACUGCGUGGUUCAAAGGACUAUCUACGCCACCUACGACGUAACCUGCGGAAAGAGUUGCUGAACUGGUGCUGAACCACGGCAGUUGAACGCUUCAGUAAUGGGCAGUACAGAAGAUCCGGCGGUUGUCACAGGGCAGCCUUCACCGGUUCCACCGCGGAGCGACCACAUCUCCUUCCUGGAGGGACACAAGCUGUACGUCUGGGGAGGCUGCCAGUGUGUGAAUGGACAAGAAACCUUUUUGCCCAGUGAUGAGAUCUGGCUUUAUGACAUGGAGAAUGGAGUUUGGUCUCAAAGGCAUAUGGGCGGAGAGGUUCCUCCUGUUCUUUCACAGGCUUGUGGUGCAUAUCUUCAGGGCACGCUUUACAUUUUUGGGGGAUGUGACAUCAAUGGCCACACCAACACGAUGUAUUGUGUUGACCUGUUGGGUGUGGAAUAUAUCUGGAGAAAAGUGAGAGACACAGUGGGAGGGACACCCUCUCCCAGGGUCAGACAUUCCUGCUGGGUCUACAGAAACAGGCUUAUCUACUUUGGUGGAUACGGAUGCAAAACAGUCAGAGAGGUUAACAACUCCAAGAGCUUUAUGGUUGAUGAGGCUAGCUGGGCAACAAACAGGUCAGGUUUGCAGUAUUGGGGUUGGAAUAAUGAGGUGCAUAUGUUUGAACCUGUGUCAGCCACAUGGACUGAACCACUAACCCAGGGGCAGUCUCCAGAGCCCCGGGCCUCACAUGCCAGUACUACUUUAGGUCAUAAGGGCUAUAUCUGUGGAGGUCUGGAAAUGCAGAUGAUAGACAUCCAUUGUUUAGAUCUGGUAACAUGGACGUGGACACAAAUUGAACAUCAGGCCGCUUCUCUCCCACGGGGUCGCACUCUUCACACACUGACUGCCAUCUCAGAUGACACACUCUUCCUGUUUGGAGGUCUUAGUACUUCUGGGGAGGUUCUCAGUGAUGUGUGGGAAUUUGACACUAAAACAAGAGAAUGGAGAGAGAAAGACCAUGCACAUAAAGACAAGCCCAGGUUAUGGCAUUCUGCUGAUAAGGGGAGAGACGGUGAUGUAGUAAUUUUUGGAGGAAGCCAGACCUACCUCUUUGUAAUGGAUUCGGUUGCAGUUCUCAGGUCUCCCUCUCAGAAUCACUGUGCAGAUGUGCUGAUGUUUCAGACUCAACCGUACUCCCUGUCAAGAUUAUGCGAAGAUUGCAUUGGAAAACACAUCUUUUCUGUCCAAGAGCAGGCGUCAUGUUUACCGGCCAAGCUUCAGAAGACAGUUGGCAAGAGGAUAUCCUAUUUCAGGGCAAACGCUCAAAAUAUAGAUGCAGGUUCAUAAAGAUGGAACUUUGUUAUUUUAAGAAUAUUUCUGUCUAAGAAUUCCACACAUCAAAAACAAUUGAAUACAAUUAGUAAUUUUAAAAUUAAACAUGAGGAUGAUGAUUAUUAUUAUUAGUAUUAUUAUUAUUAUAAAUUGAGUGAUUAUGUUUGAAAAAACCUUUUACAUGAUGUUAAAUUCCUUUUUGACAGAAUGUGUAAUUUAAGGAGAUUAUGUGAAACUAUGAAGUGGUUUUAAGCAUAUAUACAGGGUAGAAGCAACUCACUCAAGAAAUUUUUGCCUUAUUUUUCGUAUGAAAUUUAGUAAUAGCCCAGUGUUAAAUUGCAGCCCUUUUGACCCACUGCGUAACAAGUAGAUUUUAAUGGUGAAAGCAUGUUUGUUGACUGAAAGCAUUAAUAUGUUACAAUAAAGCAAAUAAAUAAGAUUAGUCAUUUUGAUAUAAUACAAUUAAAAACAUAAUAUAUAUAUAAUUUUAAAUAAUACUCUUACACUUUCACAACUUUAAUCACUUUAUUAUUUAAUAUAAUGGACUGGAAUGCUUUUGCUACAAAAUAACAACGGAAUGAUAUUCUAUAUCUAUAUCUAUAAAUAUAUAUAUAUAUAUAUAUAUAUAUAUACCUACUGUACUUGCAAAUAAAAAUCUUUUUU